GCACCAAAGCCAGAAGACCUCUUGCAACCAAACUAGUUCAUCACCAUCAAUUCAAAGUUGCCUCUUACAUUACUACAAUUUCACAUAGCCUAUAAUAGAUACCUACCAACUCGAUUCAAAAAUCCGAGUCGUUACGUAAAAGCUUCUUCAAGAUUCCGAAUUACGUACCAUCCAAUUCAGGCUCCUCUCCCCAGCUAUUUCCACCUCACACACUUCCACAACGGAGAUAACCCUUCUAAAUCAAUUUGUGGGUCUUUCUGGACCAUAUAUCAACGUAAUUGUCGCCUCUUAUUCAUACGAAAGGCUUUUUGAAUCACUCUCCGAGCUCUAUAACCCAAUUCUAACUUAACUUUCGUCCUGACAACAUCAAGAUGGAUGUCUAUAAGCUUUUCCUCUUGUUCCUAAUGUCCGUCUUGACUCUUGCUCAAGAUACCGUUGCCUCCUCUGCUACCUCCGCUGGUGUUCUUGCUACCGCCCACACUAUUGCUGGCUCGUUCGGUUCAGAUCUAUCUCCCAUGAUCGAAACUCUCACUUACUCCUCUGUACCCACUGAUACUAGCGGUACUCUCGGCCUGGAACGGGCGAAAUCAACUGUAUACUCUACUUCGAUCGUAUACGUCUCUUAUACCAACGUCGUCGCUACCACUGUUCUCCCUCAGAGCACAAGCACUGCCGUGAUUACCUUUAACGUCACUUCUAUGGCUUCUUUGACGUCUACGAUCUUGUCAACUGAGCUGUCUACAACCACUGCCGUUGCAGCCACGGCUUUCCUCACGUCUACAGUAUUGACAACAGAGGUAUCUAAAACUACUGCCGUCAUAACGAUCUCAACUCUGUCCAAGACUCUCACUGCUGGUCUCUGCCAACUUUCUGUCCAAGAUGCGCUGACUCCAUGUACUGCUGGCGCUAUAGCCUCUGCUACACCAUCCACUUCAAAGAUAUCCUCGGCUUCAGCUUCUUCUCCCGCAAUCCGCAAUAGGUCUAACGGUCUAUUCAGAUCUUUUGGGUUGUUAAAGCGUCGUGCUUUCAGAAAUAAUCAGCUUGAGAAGCGGGACCAGGCUUGUAGUGCCUGGCAAGCCUCUAUUGUAAUCACUGCUUUCUUCAUUGCCUUUACCUUGGUUUCGAUUCUCUUCUUCGCGACAAUUCUUAGGGAGAAGAGGGAUGAAACCUCGCGGAUUCAUGCCUGCAAGUGGUGGGUAUAUGCCGCCCAAGCUGCAUUCUUAGGACUAUUGAUUUGGUUGCUAAUCUGGUCUGCUAUGGCGACUGUUGGAAACGGUUGCAAUUAAUUGGAAGGAUCGGGGAGUAGGGUGGCGUAGAUUGGUUUAUGAUAUGGCGGUGUUCUUCAUUCUCUGGGUGCCCAUUGGUGGAUUCAGUUGAUAAUUUGCUCUGAUAGUAGGAUUCUGACCAACCAUAGGUCGAAUUUAUAGAGCGUAAUGGAUUUCUGCCUUUUAAUUAGUUAUUUCCAAGCAUGCAAGGCUUUAGCCUCGCAGCCUUUUUAAUACCAAGUCAGUUUUCUCGA